AUAGUGGCAGCUCCAUCAUCAGCUCUUGGCCGAUUCAAAACAGCAGAUGCUGAGCCCUGGGUAGGCUGCUUGCACUCCACUUUCUAGCCAUCUUCUAGGGACUGGGCUGAAGCCUAGGAGCCCCAGCUGCUAACACCUAGGGGCAUCAUGUCUGCGAACAAAGGUUGGUGUGCACCACCCGAGGACGAGGACAGCGUGUCUGAGAAGUUCCUGAGGAAGACCAGGGAGUCUCCGCUGGUGCCCAUAGGCUUAGGAGGCUGCCUGGUGGUGGCAGCAUACAGGAUUUACCGACUGAAGGCUCGUGGUCCCACCAAGAUGUCCAUACACCUGAUUCACACCCGAGUGGCAGCGCAGGCCUGUGCUGUGGGUGCGAUCAUGCUGGGUGCCGUGUACACGAUGUGCAGAGACUAUAUCAAGAGAACUGCUCAGGAUGCUGGGGAGAAGUAGGACUCCUGCCGUGGACCUCUUCGGUCCAUCCCUGGUAUGACCUAAUAAAGGAGUUUGAGGCAAA